AUUCCAAAAUUUGGAAAAAAAGCUGGAAGAAUCUUCGUAUUUGAACCACCGCCAGGUAUUCGAGCUAACUUGUUGCGCACGUUUAGUACGGUUCCGGCUAGUCGCAUGAUGAAAGCCCCUAGUGAACGCGCUCGAUUGUACUUCUUACUGGCCUGGUUCCACUCCAUCGUACAAGAACGAUUGCGUUAUGUACCCCUGGGUUGGGCUAAAUAUUACGAGUUCAAUGAGUCCGAUCUGCGAGUGGCUUGCGAUACUUUGGACACUUGGAUUGAGAGCACUGCGAUGGGACGCACAAACUUGCCGCCAGAGAAAGUACCAUGGGAUGCACUUGUUACUUUGCUGUCCCAAUCAAUUUACGGUGGCAAAAUUGAUAACGUAUUCGAUCAACGACUUCUACAUUCAUUCCUCACUAAACUAUUUACACCUCACAGUUUUGAAGUGGACUUUGCUCUUGUUGGGAACAUCGACGGCAGCUCGAAUUCUAAUAGAAACAUUACAAUGCCUGACGGCACCCGUCGUGAUCAUUUCUUGAAGUGGAUCGAGUCUCUAGUAGAAAGGCAGACACCUAGUUGGCUUGGACUCCCGAACAAUGCGGAGAAAGUAUUGCUUACAACACGGGGGACUGACUUAAUUAGCAACUUGCUGAAGAUGCAACAGUUAGAGGACGAUGACGAGCUCGCUUACAGCGUUGAAGACAUUUCGCAAGAACAUCCUGAACAAGGUGAUGGCAGGCCGUCUUGGAUGAAGACGCUGCACAAUUCAGCCGAAACAUGGUUGAAAUUGUUGCCGAAGAGCUUGAACACGUUAAAACGUACUGUGGAAAACAUUAAAGAUCCGUUGUAUCGUUACUUUGAACGAGAAGUCAACUGUGGAUCCAAGCUGCUCAUCGAAGUUAUUCACGACUUGAACGAUGUAGUCAUGAUCUGUCAGGCAACGAAGAAACAGACGAAUUAUCACCGUGUAAUGAUCAGCGAACUGGUUCGAGGCAUGUUGCCGGGUAACUGGCGCAGAUACACUGUUCCGCGGGGAUGCACUGUCAUUCAAUGGAUUACCGAUUUUAGUCAGCGUGUUAAGCAGCUGCAAGAAGUUUCUAGUUUGGUAUCUAGCGCUGGCGCAAAGGAGCUUCAGCUUCCUGUAUGGCUGGGAGGUCUCUUAAAUCCGGAAGCUUAUAUUACUGCGACAAGGCAAUGUGUGGCACAAGCUAAUAGCUGGCCAUUGGAGGAAUUACAACUUGAUGUAACGAUUACCGAUACCCAAGAUAAGAGCAAGGUCCCAUCAGACUGUUUUGCUGUCGUUGGUGUUAAGUUGCAGGGUGCACAAUGCAAGAAUAAUCAACUGCUUCUUACUUCCAGCAUUAUGAUUGAAUUGCCAAUCACGCUUUUGCGCUGGGUACGUGUAGUGAGCGGUGACAAACUUUUAAAUGGGAGAUUGUCACUACCAGUAUAUUUGAAUUCGACUCGUACGGAAUUGCUAUUUACAGUGGAUUUAAAUAUUUCGCCUGGACAAGAUCCACACAGCUUCUACGAGCGAGGGGUAGCUUUACUUACAUCAACUUCAUUGAAUUAAUAAAAAAUAAUACGGUUUUAAGAGUAUGUAGUUUAUUAGUUUUAAAACAAUUAAUUAUUUGAAUACAAUGUACGCAAAAUAAAAUGCUUUAACAUAAUGGAAACAAA